AGGAGUUCACCCCAAGAUUUUCAUUUUCCCGUUUCUUGGAAGAAGGCAACAUGAUCAUCGUUUUUACAGGACCUCUGACUGUUGUUGUAUUUUUCCAUUCAUCUUCAGAAUCGAGAUGGUAAUAAAAAAGUAUGAAUGACACAUCAACGUGUAUGCAUAUGCUUGUUCAAUCACGAUCACUCACACUCUCCAUCACAACAAAAAUAAUACAACUAGUCGUGCUGAAAGUCGUCACACGACCAGGUUUCUUCUUCACUGUGGAGCACCAGUUGAAUUGAAGCACCAGUGACGAGCAGUCGCCGUGUGCUGGGAAUGGAUGCAUUUGGAUUUGCAUCCCGCCAAUCUCAACAGUGCUGUUCGUCCUCACAGAAGCCAUCUACUGGAACCAGAAAGCAGGAAGAAAAACGCCUAGCGACCAUGUCGUGGCACCCGAGUGUAGAAGGUGGAGCUGUUGACCUCCACCAAGGUCGCCGUGACCUGCAGAUGGAGGUGCACUCAACUUGUGCUCUACUUGGGAACUACCAGCAGCAACUACAAGUUCCUUCGGAUACAACGAUGGCGUCGUCGUCUCCUUGCUUUCAGGAUCGGCCUGCUCAGGCUCUUGGAAUGCAGGUUGAGUACCUUCAGCAGCAAGAACACGACCACGCUCAAAGUCGUGUAGAUGAACUACAACAGGGAAGAACUACGGGCGGAAAAAUAGGAAUACAUCAACUGGUAAGAAUAAGUGGACAUCAGGCGCAACACCAUGAUUUUCACGGAGUACAACAAGAACAACUUUUACCUAGUACUAGAGGAUUAUAUACAGAUUUUUGUCCUCAGGCUCCGUCAGCACUAGGACCACAGGAGAGCGAUCAAGAUCAACUACACCUCCUACGGGAAGCUGCACCGCCACGACUAGUAAGACAAGAUCAUGAUAUUGCGCUGAAGAAACCUCACCAGCUGCACAUGGAGCCAAAAGGUGCCCCUCUUCUACGACAAGAUGAUACUUCUAAACUGAAACACGACCAGGCGUCGUACUGGUCUUCAGGGCGUUCUUCAAGGCCAGGGUGGUGCUCCUCUGAGGCUUUCUGCGAUAGCAUAUUUUCAAGGACAAAGAAGAUCUUCAUGCUUGCGGAUGGUCGUAGUAAUAUUGGAGAACAAGAUGAAGAUCUUCUUCAUAUUUGUUCUGGAGCAGCUGCACGACCAGCAGGAGAACCACGACCACGCAACAUCGUGCCCAGAUGGCUUAUAGUAGCGGGUGUCUUGGUCAGUAGUUCUUUAUUGGUAAUGGAACUGUCGCGCUCCUCUUCGGCCAGCACAACGUAUAACUCCCCCAACGAUGAGCUCGUUGGUGUUGAAGAUCCAACUACAGUCCGAGUCCUUAGGAAUGAGAAAGCGUCUUCUUCUUCAAAGAGUAAGAGAAGAGAUGAACAAGAUCAACUACAUCAAAAGGACACCAGGACCAGAGGACGACUUUUACAUGAACUACAGCAGCAGCCGCAACAUGAUGAUGAAGAGUCUACGACUAACGAUUGGUGGUCCUCGUCUUCGAGAACUACUCCUGUUUACAUUCGUGGUGCGGCUCGUUCGCGGCAUCGUCACACGAAGAUGUUGUCGCCCAACAAAGAACAACAGCAGGGUUCGAGAACAACUCAGGCGUCAAGAACAACUUCUACAUCCUCCACAAUAUCAUCGACGGGCACUAGAAAGAGUCAGCGACGUCUUCGUGGGCGUGGUCAACGUGAUGAUCCGUCUGAAAAAGCGCCUCCACCUAAGAGUCGUGCAAAAAGACUCGAAAAACGAUCUGCUGGAGGAAGUGGUCUUUUCCAAUCUUCUAGUAGAUCUGGAACAGUUUCUCCGUCCAAAUUACGUGGUUCAAGGGCAACAUCGAAGGAGGAAAAAGCAUCUUCGAAGAGUGUUGCCUCUACCUCUACUACGACCUCUCGUGUUCUUUCUCGUCAUAGUACUACGACAACCGUUCUUGCAGUUGUGCGCACGACCACGACAACUGUGACCUCGCUGCAGUAUUAUCGCGAAGAAAUAGAGGUAGAAGACGUGGUAGCACAUCAGUCAACAACAAGAACAUCUUCUAGAUCUGCUACCAGAACUCUCAUGGAUCAACAACAUAGCAGUGGACCACGUCGUGGAAGAAGCACAUCAACAUCCAGAUCAAGAAGCAUCAAUGUAACUACCUUCAUGGAACAACGCGGCAGCGACGACGAGACCAAUGAGGAUGCUCCUUGGUGUAACUGCUAUGAGUUGUGGUACUUAUCUUCUCACGUCGCUUAACACGAUCAUUAUAUAAUUCUAAAACUCGUCUUGAUGUGGAGCUUGUUUUCCUAAUUUUCUAUUGCGGUCUCCAGCACCUCUUCUUAGAUGAAGCUCUAAUGUAUCGGUGGAGAGGGAGACGAUGAAGAAGGAGAAGGCCAAAUCAUCUACUUGUCUACAAAUUAUGGCCUUGUUUAAUCCAUCUUUUAGCCCAUCUUGUGUGGCCCGUGUAGUUCCUGUAGAAGAAACAUAGGAGAGCAAGCAUGUGAGGGAACAAGAAAAGAUGGAUUGUCGUGGGUUCUAAGGUAAGGGGAAGGGGGC